GUUCCCAAUCGAGACAUUGACUGGAUGCUGAACCAAUGCGAGGGUGGAUCGCAGGAUCCCUCAGCGCCACCCCUGAUCUGUGCUGCCAGAUGCUGCAUAGCUGACGGCGGACGAGAGUUUCCACCUGGUUCGCAGGUGGGAGGAACAUGUUUCACGUGUGAGAACGUUUUUCAUACCAACUGUGCCCGAUUUAAUGGGCGCAAAACAGCGAACGACAACUUCAUGUGCUUCGGCUGUGAUGAGAAAGAUUCUGAGAUUCUUGAGCCACCGGAUACUGUGCCUAGAAAGAACACUCUUGUGCAGCUCAGCAAAUCGAAUGUGAUUAUGAAGAAGUUCCUCUACGAAGUUUACAGAGGGAAAGUGGAUUAUGUGGAUCAGUCUCUAAUGCCUCAAUUCUAUGGGCCUCGAUGUGCAGCCAAUGGCAAAUUCCGUCUCAAUUACUUCCUGAAUUCCUACUAAAUUCUUCCAAGACAUCAGAUCUCAACAGUUAAAAUUUGAAUCUUCCAUGCUGAUGAGGUUAGAGUGAAUCCACAGAGUGUCAAUCAUGGACAUUCCGGGAGUAUUUGAAAAGAUGCUGAAGAGCGAAAAACCAGCUCUUAUUCACUGCAACGAUCAUCUGGAUCUGAAAUACACCACUUACAGACAUCUAGUGCGUUACAGUUUAGCUAUAAGUUGUGAAUUGAAUUGUUUAGUUACCAGAAAAUGUGUGAUACUUGUAAUUUUGCCACAGCCAACGAGUUCCUAUCUUCUCUAUCCAGUCCUUCUUGGGAUUAUCAAUUCAAAUUGCUCUUUCUUCUGUACGAAUUGGAAGACUGCAGACAAUCUUCAGUGUUUUCUUGAGAAGCACAAAAUCAAUUUCUUCAUAUCUCAACAUCAUCCAAAGAACCUUUUUGGUGGAGAAAAGUAUGUCAACUGCAGGGAAGUUGGCAUCUUCGAGAACGAGAGUGUCUUCAUUUGUCAGCAUAGGCAGAAUCAGGAAGAAAUCACCGCUCAUGUUGAUGAUAUUGCCUAUUGGAUGGAGACGUCCGGAUCCACAGGAACGCCCAAGAUCGUUCGAGUUCCGUGGAGUUGCAUUUUACCCAACAUUUCCGCGAUAAAUCAAAGACUGAAUUUAACAGCAAAUGAUGUGAUUUAUAGCACUUCACCAGCAACAUUUGAUCCGUUCAUCGUGGAUUUGCUGCUAGGAAUCCUCAAUUCAGCCACAAUCCUGGUGGCAACGGAUCGUCUGAGGAUUGCUCCGUCGAGGAAGUUUGCUGAGCAGCUUUUCGUGCAGACCAACAAAGUCAGAGUGACAUUUUUACAGAUGACUCCAACUAUUCUCACGAAUUUUGGCCAACAAGUUCUUAAGGAAGUAGUUUUCGCACCUGAAUCUUCACUGAAAAUUUGCCUUCUUGGAGGAGAGAGUUUUCCCAAGAAAAGUCUCAUGAAAUGUAUAAAUGAUAGAGUGAAGAUAUUCAAUAUUUACGGUAUAACUGAAAUAUCCUGCUGGAGUCACAUGAAGGAAGUGAACUUAGUGGAUGACGAAGAAGUCGACAUUGGAGAGCCUCUCGAUGAGUCAAUACAAGUGGAAAUCCGCGAUAAACAACUCUGGAUUGGAAGUAAAAGCAGAAAGUGCCUUUUAGAUGGUGAAAAUGAAAUUUCCAAUGAGAAAACUCUUUUCCGCAACACAGGAGACAUUGUUGAAGUGAAGAACGAGAAGAUUUUCAUCCGAUCGCGAUCAAAUAAGAUCAUCAAACGAUUUGGAAAGCAAGUGAAUUUGGCGCAAAUUGAGCAAAGCGCAAUGAAAAUUGACAUGGUCGAAAGAAGUCAUGGAUUGUUCUUACAAGAUUGCAGAAGAAUUAUUCUGUUCUAUCAAAGUGAGAAAGAGGAGGUGAAUUUACUAGAUAAACUGAAGGAAACACUGUCGAGUGCAGAAAAUCCCGAUGAAGCGGUGAGAAUAGAUGCAUUUCCACAGUCUAAUCAUGGAAAAGUAUCUGAAGAGAAGCUCUUGGAUUUCUAUAGGAAAAUCCAGAGAGAAAAAUGCAGCAUUGAUAGCAUCGAGGAUGAGUUUUUAAGACUAAUCAAGCAACUUGUGCAGCCACAGAUUUCUCUUUCUACUUCAUUUCCCAAUCUUGGAGGAGAUUCAAUGAAAGCUCUUCGCUUGGUUUGCGAACUGCAAAAUAAGUAUAACAGGGAGUUUGCUGAUUUGCUCCAAAUGCUUCUCAAUCCUGACCUCAAUUUGCAAUGCAUUCUAAAUUAUGUGAAGGAUUCAAGCAAAUCAAUCCAACGAGAAGCAGAAGAAACUUUUAAGUCAUCUAACAUUCCAAACACAAAAACUUCACUAGAGUUAAAGUUCAGUUGGAGAGCGAAUUUGGGGAAAUGUGUAGAUGCAACGCCUUCAAUAUUAUCUACAAGCGUCACAGUUGGAAGUCAUUCGCAUAAAUUGAUGACUCUAAACUGCGAGACUGGAGAGAUUCUCUUUGAAGAGGUCUUGAGUGAUCGAAUUGAGAGCCAAGUGGCGUUUUGCUCAGGUUUCGGCUUUGUUGGAUGUUACAGAGGAUAUUUAUAUAAGUUUUCAAUUGGUAGAAAGGAAAUUGUGUGGAAAUUUGACUCAGGAGCGAUGAUUAAGUGUCGACCUUUGGUACUGAGUGAAGUUGUGAUAUUUGGAAACUACAGUCACGAACAGAAUGUCUGGUGCUUAAGCAAGGAAACAGGAAAUGUGAUGUGGUGUAGAAAAGUAGGAGAUAAAGGCAUUCUGGCGAAUCCUCUGCACAUUCGUAUUGAUAAUAUUUUGGUAGCAACUCUUGAUGGCUCUGUGGAGAUCUUGGACACUAAGACUGGAAAUCAAGUAUUCCAAACACAUCUCAAAGCGCCAAUCUUCUCAUCUCCUGCUAUUGUUGAAUUUUCUGCAAAGGAAGUGAAAAUCGUGAUUGCAGAAGUCAAUGGCACGAUAAACACAUUCACAGUGGCUGAAAAUCACACAUUACAGCCAGAAAAUCCAUUCAAAGUGUCCGGAAACAUAUUUUCCAGCUUCACAGUUUUCAAUCAGAGUGCCAACUCGGCCCUGGUCGCCUUUGGAUGCCACAACAGCUGCAUUUACUGUCUAAGAGUGCGCCCAGAAGACUCAUUGUUAUCUCUUGAAUGGAAAACGAGAUUAGCGUCUCCGAUAUUCUCAACACCAUGUCGCUUUGCUGAGGCCUUUCUCUGUUGCUGCACUACUUCCGGACAGUUGACGAUACUGUGUGCUGAAGUUGGACAAGUGAAGAGUAGUCAGCAACUUCCGGGAGAGGCUUUUUCAUCGCCCGUCGCUCGAGGGAGGCAGAUAUUCAUCGGUUGCAGAGAUAAUCACCUGUAUUGCUACACCGUGUGAUGCUUUUCAGGCGGCAGAUGCUGUAGCUUCUUUUUCCUAGAAUUUAUUAUGCUGCUAUGAGGAGGAAAGUGGCCCAAUAGGCACUCAAUUGAGUGAGCAAUUAUGCGAGAAGUUCCAACCUGACCGUUGACUGUGCGACUGUAGUGAUUGGCUCUCGGAGCUUUUCGU